UUUAUUUCGGAGGAGCCCAACCCGGUAGUGUUGGAUAGCGCCACCUAUGCUUGAAGAUGUCUUUGAAGUCUGUGCUACGUCGUCACCGUAAAGAUGUCCAAUAACUGAACAGCUGGCGUUAUGUGGUAGAAAUAAAGCUACAAAACCGACAAUGUUGCGGGACGACACCAACUCGCCGAAGACUGCGGACGACACACUGGUGGAAUCGACAGAGACGACCACAAGGAGGACUCUCUCCUGGUGGGGUCUCUUGCCCCCCUUCUUUACUCUGUCUACCGCCUCAGGACUUUGGAUAGUCUACUUUGUCGCCGUCCAGGAGGAAAGGAUCAUACAGCUGACUAAUAAUACCUGGAGAAGUAAUGGCCCCGCCCUCUAUCCUCCCUACAUCAGUAUUGCUGGCAACUUUCCACCAGCCAGCUGCAUCUUCAGCGAGGUCAUGAACUUGUCAGCCUUUGUGGGGUUCCUAACCGGCAUCCUGAGGUACGUCCAACUGAAAGGUAGAGCGGACAUGCCGUGUCUCAACUUGUGCAGCUUGGCGGUGUUCUCGGCCGGGUGCUUUGGAAUGACUCUGCUGGGAAACUUCCAGAAUUCUCGGCUGUUUCAGGUGUUGACCUCCAUGGCCAUCCACAACCUGGGCACCUUCAUGGCGUUUGGACUGGGCGUCGUGUACUGCUGGUUGCAAUCCUACAUCACGCUCAAGGCCAACCUCAACGGUGAGGGUAAGAAGGUCGGCGCCGUGCGCUUCCUGAUGUCUGGAUGCAUCACCGUCUGCAUGAUCCUGUACUUCACGCUUGUGUUUCAGCAGCAGCACGUCCACGCUGCACGAAGCCAGUGGACCCUGGUCAUGCUCUUCCUUGUCUUCAUCGGCACGUUUGCCGUGGAAUUCCGUCACGGAUGUUUUUAUCUGCUCUGCACGGAAAGCCCCAGCUCGCACAACUGACUCCUCAAACCACAGGCCGCAGGGGUGCUGGAGCCUAUCCCAGCUGUCUUUGGGCAAGAGGCGGGGUACACCCUGGACUGGUCGCCAGCCAAUCACAGGGCACAUAUAGACAAACAACCAUUCACACUCACAUUCAUACCUAUGGACAAUUUGGAGUGGCCAAUUAACCUAGCAUGUUUUUGGAAUGUGGGAAGGACCCGGACAAAACCCACGAGAACAUGCAAACUCCACACAGAGAUGGCCGAGGGUGGAAUUGAACCCUGGUCUCCUAGCUGUGAGGUCUGUGGGCUAACCACUCGUCCACCAUGCCGCCCAAAUGAUAAACAUGCAUAGUACAAAUAAAAGGCACCUUACUCCUAUGAAUGCCUGCUCCUCUCUGCAGGUGAGUGAACAGACUGCCUUCAUGUGAGGAAAUAAGUAGCGAUGGUGAAAUGAGCCCGAAGCUUCGACUCUUGCGUCAGACUUCCUGAGCCAAAGUGCUCGAUAAAAGCUUGUGUGGUUUUGCAGAUAUCCCACGACAGACGAUGUGUGAAACGUCACAACGUACGGGUUUAGCGCUAGCUUGUGUACAUGAUAACCAUCAAGCUAUUGAACAGUGUUGGCUGGUGAUGAGCAUUGGUGUGUUCGUCAUGUGUCACUAAUGCACACCACAGCUCCCAAUCCUCAAAGCUUCAUGAGGUUUCACCCACCCACCCAGCCAGCCCCACAAACAUAACGGCUUCAAACCUCGAGUGACGUCUGUCAGGAAGGUGAUUUCCUCCGGCGGGCAGCCGAUCCUCUCUGCGAUUCUCUUGUAGCUUUUGGCGUCCACUUUGGCCCCGAUAGCCGUGUCAAAGUGGCCGUCAAAUAACUGCGGGGGAGGAGGUGGCGUGAAAGGAGGGCGUAAAGUCUAAAAAAAGUUAGUGUACGUGCGUGUGCACUCACAUCUAAAACAUCACCCUCCACAGAGUGUGCAAAGAGCAGCUUCUGGGCCUCCACGCUGCCUGAAGAGUAGAUGAAGACCUUGAGGCCGUGAUCCCGCCACCUUCUGAUGGACGCUGUGACGUCCUGGUAGAUCCUGUUGGACAUCAGCGCAUGUGGAUGCCUUUUCUCUGGUUUAAAAGACAAUGCUGCAGCGCCUUCGAGAAGAGCGGAUGUACUUACUCGCCUUUGAGUCUCCCCGACGCGUACGCUGACCGCCACAUGUGACCCUGGAGCUGCUUGAGCGCCGUUGACUUCCUGUCGGCCGCCAUCUGCCACAAUACGUUGUCCACCACUUCCCUGAUGGCCUUCUCCUCGUCCGUGUGAACCGUCUGGUCCACGGUGUGGACGGGACACGCCCGGUUCUGCCUCAUGUCCUCUUCGAUCUGCCACAGAGGAAAUGAUCUUUUAUUACUGUGGUGCCGUCACAUGGAAACGGGAUUGAAAAUAAGAACAAUCAAUAUAAGCAAACCUGUUUUUUCAGAAGAUGAACAUCCUGCUUGCAUUCGUCUUCCUCCCAGUGAGUGGACAGGUAGUCCUCAAGAUGCUCCCUAAUGUAUGGAAAUAGAAUGUCCUGGUGGGGGUCAAAGGAAAUAUGUCAGAGGUGAAACUCGGAUUAAAGGCAACUUUCUAUAUGCAAUUUAUAAUGAAGGACGUAAACGUCUUAUUUCCACGUGGAAUCUAGUGGGAACUGCACUGCUAAUACAAAGGACAUAAUUCGUUUUCAUCAACCCUUGCUAGCUCGUUGCUACCUGCGGCGGGGGGCAGCUUUACACAAGUCAAGUCCAAGGCACACAAAUAAAAACACCUGCCAACAAAAAACCUACCUUUACAAAGGUUAUUGGCGUGGUUGUGCCUUCGAUGUCCAGCAAAAGAACGCUGGUGCACGCAGGGAUCACCACACUGGCCAUCCUUGUUUCUCAACAGAUGCCGCAGCACGUUAGCUAGCGUUAGCCCAAUUAGCUUCCGCACAAAGCUCGCUGUGGUUCGCCGCGCCAACGAAAGCUCACAAAUCAACUAGAACCAAAGAAUACUCAUUUAAAUUAUUAAUGUUUCCCUUUAGAGCGGAUGUGCUCUAAGUCGCCGUUAAAACCAUCGCUUUUGCCUCUACCGUCAACUAGCACACACACGUUGUGGCAGCACUGUUGACUCCUAAGUCAAAAAAAUAGCUAUUGGCUAUGCUAGAAGUCGCUAGAUGGCGCAAUUGAGUAAUUUACAUAUUGUUUGCAUAUGACGUAACAUGAGCUGGAAAAAAUCCAAUAGGAGAGAAAAUGUGUGUAAAAUAAUAUGUAAACGUUUAGAACUCCAAAUAUAUUGAUAA